AUGAAGACUUCGACGAUGACGCAUCCAGAGAACAACAUAGGCGAUCCAGACGAUAAUCUAGCGGCUGACUCAUUUAAAACAGCUGUGACGGAACAUGAAGAGCGCGAUGAAGUCGAUUUUCAUCAAUUUGCCAAAUUGCCGCCCGAAAUACAGCUAAUGAUAUGGGAUUUUGCAUGCUACCAUUCCCGAACCGUGCCUGUUUGGGUCACCGACAAAGACACUCUGAAACGAGCCAUGACAGGCGACAUACGAAACCGCAUGGCAUAUCGUUUUGCUACUGAUUCGCCUGCUCUGGCCAUUAUGCAAGUCUGCUGGGAAUCUCGACUUGCCGCUAUGAAAGUCUACAAAAGAAUCUUCCAUACCUUUGCCGAUUUUUGUCCAAUUUUGAAUUACUACAAAAUUGCAAAUAUAGCCAUUGACGAUGUAACAUCACCUCGUUACACCAUAUGGGGUCGUGAUAGCUGGAGGAAAUUUGAGGGUGUCCCGGAAUGGGUGGGACCACACGUCAAAAACACUAUUCAAUACACUACUCUCAAUGACAACAUCGUCGACUUGACACAUCCGUUGAACCUCGUCAACUAUACGAAAGAGACAAGUCAUCCCGAGACGUUUUUAGAGCUUCAGAGGACGAACAGAGACGAAAAAGUAUUUCAAUUGAGUUUGAUGCUGGGUUCUUUCGAUUCAUACUAG